GCAAGUGAAGUUUUCAGUUUUGAUCGCUGCUUCUUCAAAAGCGCGAAUGAAAGAAAAGUGUGUUUGUGUUAGCUUCUUCAUGAUCUUGCUUAAAAACUCUCCUUUUUUACGAUGAUCUUGCUAUGUGAUGCGGUAAAGUAUUAGACGACAAACGCUAUGUUGAAACAGGAGUGUGUUUCGUAUGACAGAAAGUUGUGAAGUGAAAUGAAAGAAUCGGAUCGAAAUGUUAAGCGCAACAGGUUCAAAAAGCUCAUAUCUUAUGUAACUGUCGAACCUGUUGUAUUAUUUUUUUUAUUGAGCGUUAUUUCAUCUACGGGGUUAAGAGUUUUCGAGUAUGAAAAAGCUUGUGCGACUAAGUUGAAUGUGGAUCUCAGUGUUUGUGAAUACUUUGCUCAACUUGAAGACGAUAACAUUUGUGAAACGUUAGAUACCUUGAACAGUACUUUGCAGCAGCAUUCCGGCAAGGAUAGAUUCGAUGAAACCAACCGGAUGCAAUUUGCUCGUACUGUUUGUUCCGCGAAGGAAGCGGCUACCAAUGAGGUUGCAUUACUAAACUCGUACCGGAGCAUCAUUACGGGACUCGUGCAAGCUGUGGUUCUAAUUUUCCUUGGCAGUUGGAGUGACAGGGUUGGACUGCGAAAGCCAUGUCUACUUAUUCCAAUUGCUGCUGAUAUAAUAAGCUUUUGCGUACUUAUUACGAGUGCCUUAUUCAUGCGCGAAAUUGCACUGGAAGUUACUGGUAUUCUACCAAAUCUGAUCACUGCGCUAAGUGGAGGCGUGCCGCUAAUUAUAACCGGAAUCUACAGUUAUUUGACGAUUUGUACGUCGGAAAAGAAUCGAACUUUUCGGUUUGCUUGGGCGGCGGUUGUGAUUGCCACUGUUCCUAUUUUGGCCAAUUUCGCCAGUGGCUUUUUAUACAAAUCGCUAGGAUUCAUCAAACUAUGCUCGAUAUGUAUCAUGUUCGAUGCCAUUGGAUUACUGUAUGGACUGUUUAUCUUGAAGGAACCAACCCCAGCCAAACGUCUUUCGGAGGGUCCAGAACAAACGAAACAAUACGAUUCAACUAACUAUCAGCAAUCACUGCGCAAACUGUUUGAUCUGACAUUGGUGCUGGAUUGCGUUCGGAUGGUGUUGAGAAAACGUGAACACAAAGUGAGGACCAUUUUGAUGCUAACCUUGUUUGUUUAUUUCAUCAACUACGGUGCAUUGGGUGAUACGGAGUCUGCAGCUAUUUUGGCUUAUUUGAAGUUCAACUGGAUAACACAUUUGGGUACGUGGAUUUCAUACGAUUUACUGACUACGCUGUUGGGUACCCUUUUGGCCAUGGGAGUGCUGAGCAAGCGGUGCGGUGUUCCGGAUUUUCUCAUCUGUGUGUUUUCUGUGUGCUUCACUCUAAUCGCAAAACCAAUUAUGGCUUAUGCAGUGAGUGCAGUCAAACCGUACCUGUACUAUGUUGCCACGUCUAUCGAUAUGUUCGAGGGCAGCAAAACAGUGGCCAUUCGCAGUAUCGUUUCGAAGCUGGUAGAACAGGAUGAAAUUGGGAAAAUGCUCGCCAUCAUGGGGAUUGUCGAUUCUACCCAGGUGGUGAUAUUUCCGACGCUCUACAGUGUGGUGUAUCUGAAGAGUCAGGAGUUUUUCAUUGGAACAGUAUUUCUGGUGUGCGAAGCGUUUCUUUUGCUUUCGCUAGUAUUAUACCUGUUUUUAUUGAUAUUUUCCAAGGAUUCCGAUAAGCUUCAAGCAAGUCAUAGCGAGGACGGUGUGGACAAUCCUGCCAUGGAAAUUACUGCGCUUGCCUCGGGAGUUGUCUAUUUAAAAUCAAUGCAGGAAAAAUUUUUAUUCUCUCUAACUCUAUACGUCAAAUUUAAGAUGUACAAUAACGUGCUUAUAAAGAACAAUAUUUUGUAAUUAGAUUUAUUAUAUAAACAAAUAAAUGUAAAUCUAAACUCAUUGAAAAUCCAACACUGCAAUUAAAUAAAUAGUAAUUCACUCGAUAUUUUAGAAAAGUGCUAAAAAUAUGAUAGAACAAGCAAAAACAUUAUACUAUUGAUAAAGUUUGAAAGAAUGACGAUAUUUCUGGUAUGAAAACAAGCAAAAACAAUUUUUUCAUUCCUUUCGAUUCUUGAGCAAGCAAAAAAAAACGUUAAUGUAAUAUUAUUCAGCGUAGAACAAACACUAUAAAUAAUGCAUAGACACCAAUAAAUGCUUAUACAUACUUAGAAUUUACAACCGAUUAUCUGUGAUUUAUUUACGUGUGACCUUUGAGUGCUCAGAUUAAAAAAAAAAAACAAAUUAAUCCACCUAGCGGUGAGACCCAGCCUUUCUCAUUCAAACU